UUCGGCCCUCCACCAGUGGCUCUGUAAAUCGAGUAAUCAUCAGUGGCAGGGCAGAGACCAGUCGUGCAAGGGUUUUCCCCGAGUUGACGGGCGAAUGGGUGAUAAAAAAAAGUGAAGUGAGCGGCACACAAUCGUUAUCAAUCACCCACAACCCCCCGAAAACCCCUCGAUCAUCCCCAGAAGUCUGGAGACCCCGUCCAUCCCCAGAAGUCUGGAGACCCCGUCCAUCCCCCAAAAACCCCCGUGUAACCAAUGAUCUCGUGAAGAGUCCAAAAAUGCUGACGCAAGUGCUUUAAUUACCUCCAAAUUCCCGUGAUAUCUCCACCAUCGGUGUGAUAAGUGCAUUUGACAAUAAAAUUGGGGCUGUUUAGUCCCAAAAAUCGUCGAUAAAAGUGCUCACGUAUUCGACGACAGUGUGCGGUGUGCGGAAGGGGGUGUACAGGAGAGCGCGUGCAAAGGUGAGAGUCGUGAAGCGUUUGCAUUAUCAACAACAAUGGACGGUAGCUCAAAACAGCCGUCCUCGGACGUAACGGCAAUGGAUAAUACAAGUGGCAAUAAAAGUGAUAACAACAGCCACUGCACUAGCCAAAAUGCAACGACUAACGAUCACGAUACUGAUACAACCAAAGCAACAACGCCAAUGUCUGUAACAUCAUUCAACGAUACGAGUUACUGUACGGCUGGUCCAAGCACCAGUCAAAAAUUAUCAACUAUUAAAACAAUUGACAUUAAUGAUAAAAAUGUUCACUAUCCAACUGGUGGAGUUGUAACAACACCAACGUCACCAUCAUCACCACCAGGGUGUGGCUGUGUUCCUGUUGGUAUACCCAUUAUUGAUAAUGACCAAAUAACUUUAAGUAUAACACCUACGACAGGAGGACUGUUCGAUAUCACAGUGGAGAGGAAUGAGACAAUUGAAAAUCUCAAGAAAAUUAUCUCCAAAAGGCUCAAAGUACCCAAGGAGAGAAUUUGUUUGCUUCAUCGAGAGAGACAGCUGAGGGAAGGCACACUCAAGGAAAAUCGUCUGCAGGAUGGCAGCCGAUUGACUCUGCUCCCCAGCGUGGAGACCGGGCUCAUGGGACAACGCCCAGAGCAGAGUGUAAUGCAAGCACUCGAGUCGUUAAGUGAUUCCCAGGUGAACGACUUCCUGUCUGGGAUAGCACCCUUGAAUCUGACAAUGCGUCUCGGUGAUCAGAUGAUGCUAAUACAGCUGCAACUGUCAACAGUGACGCCGACCACACCAGUUGGCACCCCCGGCCAACCGGCUGUUCAACGAGCUUCCCAGACAGCCAGCGGUGACAGUAGCGAGACCUGUGGCUCAUCAUCAUCAUCAGCAUCAACAUCACCAGUAUCAAGCACAAACGACACGAGCCACCGGCGAGCUGAUCAUGUAGCAAGAAGUAUGAGAAUUACAAAACAGAGUGGGACCAGUGGUAAUACAUCGUCGUUAAUCAGCAGUUUGGCAUCAGCACUACAGGCUGCCAGCUGCAGUACAAGCCUGUCAACAGCAACGACAACGACAAAUCCUUGUACGAGUGAACGAUCAAUGUCGGCAUCGUCAUGUGGUAGUCAGUGCGAGACAAGUGGAACGUCUGAUUCACAAAAUUCGUCCAGAGCAUUCUGGCAUCGUCGUCCAUUCACUCAUCAUCGUCACAAUCAUCAUCAUCAUCAUCACCAUCAUCACCACCAUCAUCAUCAUUAUCAUUAUCAUCGGAGAAAUAAGCAGGUUAUAUGCGAUAACCAAGCUACCUCAGGAAGCCUUAACGACACAACACCUCCACUGUCGCCGAAUCAACAGAGCCAGGAGGCGAGAUCGUGCACUCCACCAAAGAAGAAGAUUUGUACAAUGGGACAUCAUCAUUAUCAUCAGGGGGAGGAUAGUCAGGAGCAUGGAGUUGAGACGAGUGCACAGGGGAGUGGCAGUGGGGUUAGUGGGAGCGAGAGAGUUGCUGCUACACUUGAUACCAGGGCACUUGCUGAGGCAUCAAGAAAUCUCACGCAAAAAUUGAAACAGCUGUCUUCUGAGGUACUUACCUCGCGGGUCGACCUCGCCGAGGAACACGCACGACGCAGACAAGGCGCCAUUAUCGAGAGUAUGCAUCACCAUGGGAAAGGGGUUUAUUCGGGGACCUUCAGUGGUACUCUGAAUCCAGCCCUUCAGGAUCGCAAUGGGCGCCCAAAACGUGACAUAAGCACAAUUAUUCACAUUCUGAAUGACUUACUCUGCGCAACACCGGCAUCGGGAGUGACGAGUGUUGGGUAUUACAGAUCAUCACAUCAUCACAGACAUUCCAGUGGUCGCCAGCAGUUACCUGGUGGAACUGCGGGGUCUGGGGGACAAACUGUUGAGAGUCCACCGGAGACUACUCCCACUUAUUCCAUGGAAGAGCUCUCGAAGGAGAACGAAGCAACAAAAGGAAAGAUGCGUCGUCUCCGUCUUGUGAUGGAGCAACGUCGUGCAAAGAGAAAAGCCAGAAGACAAGCCCGAGCUGCUCCCUACACGACCCAGUGGGCAGCAGUAACGCCAACGCCCGGAGGAGCCCACGACCCCAACACAACAGCCUCAUCAAGCAGUACUAACGCUAAAGAGCCCCAGAAUGAGACCGAAGCGACCACUGGUCCAGUGGUAGCUUGAAAAUUAUCAAUCGUCGAGCGUCUUUCGCUCCCACGGUAGUUUCACGAAAUUGGAAAGAAAAUGAUAAAUGAAUGAAAGAUAAAUUUUAAAAAAUCCACCUGCUUCGAACUUAUCGAUUCGCUCACGUAUCUCCAACCCAACAUAGUUGACAAUAAAUUCUAAGGUGGUAUUUCUUUUUAGUUUAAUUAAUAAUCAUUGUUUAAUCUUCGUCGGUAAAUUGUUGAUUUUUUAAGUGCAACGUGACCUCCGGGAACUGCGUCUUAAGGACUGUGUAAUCAGUGCAAUGAUUUAUUAAACUUGCUUAAUUAAAAAAGCAAGGGCCAACUGGCGUUUUUAGGAAAUAUUCUGUAAUCAGUUAAUGAGAAAAUCAUCGCCGUUUUUUCAACGAGCAAUUUAAUGAAUAUUUUUUAGUAUAGCUGUCCACCGUUACGAUUAUUCAAUAAUCCGGGAUUAGGUGAUUAAAUUCAUUGGGGGACAGCCCGGUGUAAUUGGAGGAUAUAAUCUAGAUAUUUCAGGUGUAAAGAAAGAAGAUACAUUUGAGUUAUUGGUAUUUGUAUUAAUCUGACGAUUGUUGAUAAUUUAAGGGGCGAUCGCGCUGAUAUUUUUUUAUUGUGGAUUCUUUAUCUAUCGUUAUCAUGAAUUUAUUGCUUCAAUUUUCAUUAAAAACAAUGAUUUUUUCUAGAUUAUUACAGAUGAAAGAUCAUUGAAGUACGUUUUUUUUUCUCAUUAUUAUUCCUUUCAUUAACAAAUUAAAAUUGAAGUAGGAAAAUCAAGCGAUAGAUGAAGGCCCCCUUGAUUAAGAAAUUUAAUUGUCAUCGCUCCUUGAUUGAAGUUAUGACUUCGUUUUUGGUUCUUUUUCUAUUAUUGGAAGUGUUAUUUCGUAUGGGGUUUUUCGGGGUGUGGCUCACGUGGGUCGUCUCCCUCCCCAGACAAUUUUUUUUUAUCGCUGUUAAGGGGAGAAAGUAGAUGAAAUGAUAAAGGUCAGGCCUUCUGACACGUUUUAGGAAUUUUUUCUUGGGAGAUUUGUCUGUCUGAACCACGAGUGCUUAUACUUAUCAGGUUUUUACGAGGAUGCCUGCAGCCUCUGUUGGUCCUGACAGUUGGCCAGAAUUGAUAGGAAUUAGGGAAAUUAACGGUGGAGAUCGAGUGCAAGAGAGUGAAAAUUGUGAACGCGUUUGGGCCAUCCUCUAGGUAGAUUUAGUAGAUCCUUACUUGCGCAUAAGAUCGUACUAUAAAUAAAUAAUACAUUGUAUCACCCUAAUAGCAUACUGCCUUAGGUUGUUUAGGAUGAAUUAUUAUUACUACUGUCAUUAUUAUUGAAUAUUACUGCAGUUUUUCAAACUGGCUCAAGAUUGUAUCAUACACAUUACUGAAACACUAUGGAGUACCAAAAUAAAUAAGAUUGCUUGCUAAGUUCAA